UCCCACUCUUCUUCAUCACACGCAGAAACCGCAUCCUUGUUCUGCUCCUCUUCUUCUUUCUCCUUAAACCAAAUCGAAAUUUAAUGUGCUAAAGCGUUUUCGAUGGAUCCGUUUCUCAGGAAAAUCGCUGCGCCUUGGCCGAUCCUCGUACAAGCUGCAACGUGGACAGUGCUCCUAAUGCUGACGGUGGGUUUUGCUUCUUUGGCUCCGGAGAUGGCGUUUGUGUCUACAUUAUCAUCGUCCUCAAAUCUCUGCGGGAGAGGAAGAGAUGGGUUAGUGAGGAUUCCGAUGGAUUUACCGGGAGAGAUGGUGUGCGUGCCGUCUGAAAUGGUGAAGCGAUCAACUCUUGACCUUUUCGUGCCGACCAUUUUCGCUGGAGUUAUGGUGGUUGCAUCAGUUUCUCUAAUCCGAUCGUGUUUUGAGAUCGAAAGCGACGUAUAGAUACAUGUCUGUUUAGUUCUCGAAUCAUCCAAUGUAUAAAACUUCACACAGAGUCUUCUAGCUAUAUAGUAUAUCUUAACAUCCAGUGUAUGAUGUAUGAAUUUUAAUGUUUUGGAAU